AAAUUCUAAACCUGUCCGAAGAGUCAAUAAUCUCUCCGAAUUUAUCUAACAACAGUUUUAAACAUUCCGUACUGUAUAACGAACAAAGAACUGUUGGUGCUAUCCAUGCGUGAAAAUUAAUUUCUAAAAAUGCUUCUUGAGAAAACAAAGCCUGGAAAGCUCAAUUGCCUCUCAAACACCAUUGUUUUGCCUAGUCUUCUCGUUCCAUUCACACAAUCUAAAACAUCUUUCACUGCAUUCCCUUCAACGUUAGCAGUUUCACCCCAACUUUCUCAACCAUGUCUCCCAUUUUUCUCUUUGGAUUCGGUUGCCUAUACAAAACUGGUUCAAUUUUCUACCAAAUCUGUGUCUUUCAUCCAGGGCAAGCUUGCUCAUUCCCACAUGAUAAAAACUGCUUUCAAGCCCUGCCUAUUCUUGUUCAACAAUCUUCUUAAUAUGUAUGGUAAAUGUGGCGAGAUGGGUACUGCUCAAAAACUGUUUGAUCGAAUGCCUGAGCAUAGUGUGAUUUCUUAUAAUCUUUUGAUUUCAGGGUAUGCCGAGAUGGGUUCUUUUGAUAAGGCUAUUGGUCUGUUUCUUGAAGCUAAAAUGGCUUGUUUAAAGCUCGACAAGUUUAGUUAUGCGGGAGUGCUAAGCGCUUGUGGUCAAACCGGGGAUCUUGGAGUGGGUAAAGUGAUUCAUGGAAUGGCUGUUGUUUGCGGGUUGGUUCGACAAGUGUUUCUGACCAAUUUGUUUAUUGAUAUGUAUUGCAAAUGUGGGAGGGUUGAGCAGGCAAGGCUUUUGUUUGAGUCUUCCGAUGGGUUGGAUAUUGUUUCUUGGAAUUCUUUGAUUGCUGGGUAUGUCAGAAUUGGAGCAUAUGAGGAAACGUUGGAACUGUUAAUAAAAAUGCAUCAAACUGGAUUAAGCUUGAAUUCUUUUACUCUUGGAAGUGCCUUAAAAGCUUGUUGUUCAAAUCUCAUUAACUUAAUAGACUUUGGUAAAACACUUCAUGGAUACACUGUCAAACUUGGACUGGAUUUGGAUGUUGUCAUUGGGACUGCAUUGGUUGAUAUGUAUGCGAAAACGGGGUUUCUGGAUGAUGCAAUCCAAAUUUUCAGAAUGAUUCCUAACCAAAAUGUUGUGACGUAUAACGCCAUGAUUGCUGGAUUCAUCCAAGUUGAGGCUGUUAGUAAAGAAUGUGCGAAUGAUGCAUUUAACCUUUUCUCUCAGAUGCAAAGGAGGGGAGUAAAACCAUCAAAUUUUACAUUUUCAAGCAUAGUCAAAAUUUGUAACCAAAUUAAAGCAUUUGAGUAUGGAAAACAAAUUCAUGCCCAAAUCUGCAAGAACAACAUUCAAUCUGAUGAGUUCAUUGGGAGCACCCUUAUUGAAUUAUACUCCUUGUUGGGUUCAAGUGAGGAUCAGUUGAAAUGUUUUAAUUCAACUCCCAAGUUAGAUAUUGUCUCAUGGACUUCCAUGAUUGUUGGUCAUGCUCAAAAUGGGAACUUUGAAACUGCAUUAGCUCUGUUUUAUGAACUACUGGCAUCUGGAAAGAAACCAGAUGAGUUCAUUAUAUCAACUAUAUUGGGUGCUUGUGCAGAUUUGGCUGCAGAAAGAUCUGGGGAGCAGGUCCAGGGAUUUGCCACGAAGACUGGCAUUGGGGUCUUCUCUAUUGUUCAAAACUCACAAAUUUCCAUGUAUGCCAAGUCUGGCAACAUAAAUUCUGCUAGGUUAACAUUUGAAGAGAUAAAGAAUCCUGAUGUGGUGUCCUGGUCAGUGAUGAUCUGUAGCAAUGCACAACAUGGACAUGCAACAGAUGCCUUGAACCUCUUUGAGUUGAUGAAGAGUAGUGGAAUUUUCCCAAACCAUAUUACAUUCCUUGGAGUUUUAACUGCUUGUAGCCAUGGUGGGCUUGUUGAAGAAGGACUGAGAUAUUAUGAAAGCAUAAAGAAAGAUUAUGGCAUGAAAACUAAUGUAAAGCAUUGUGCCUGUGUUGUUGACCUCCUUAGCCGUUCUGGAAGGCUGAUGGAUGCUGAAAAUUUCAUUUUGAACUCAGGUUUUAAAGAUAAUCCAGUGAUGUGGCGAGCCCUUUUGAGCAGUUGCAGGGUUUAUAAGGACACCGUUACUGGGAAACAUGUUGCUGAGAAAGUAAUUGAGCUUGACCCUCAGGAAUCUUCAUCUUAUGUCCUUCUUUACAACAUUUAUACAGAUGCUGGAAUUGAAUCACCUGCCAGGAAAAUUAGAGAACUAAUGACAGGUCGAGGGGUUAAGAAGGAACCUGGUCAGAGUUGGAUUGAGGUAAGAAACAGGGUUCAUUCUUUUGUGGUGGGUGAUGUUUCUCACCCAAUGAGCCAAUUAAUUUAUAUAACAUUGGAAGAAAUGUUAGACAAGAUAAGGAAAAUAGGUUAUUUUGAUCAGAACAUUGUUUCCAGUCCCUCUGGAGCAGAAGUCAAGGACAUCUCAAUGGUCAAUCAUCACAGUGAAAAGCUAGCUGUGACUUUUGGAAUGAUCAGUUUGCCACCAUCAGCUCCUGUGAAGGUCAUGAAAAAUUUGAGAGUCUGCCAUGAUUGCCAUACAGCAAUGAAGCUCUUCUCAAAAGUGGAAAAGCGAGAAAUAAUUCUUAGAGAUCCGCUUCGUUUCCAUCAUUUCAGAGAAGGAUCUUGUUCUUGUAAAGAUUAUUGGUAAUUGAAGUAAUGAUUCCAGAAACAAUUUUGUUUGCUGCAAAAUGAUUAGUAAGGUGAAAAAAAUCCUUAAAUUAGAAGUAUCAAUGGCUUACCAUUGGCUUGGGAAGUGGACCAAGUUGAAAAGGAAUCUGGAAGUGAGGAAAGUGAUAAGAAAUUAAGUACCUAAUGUGAAAACCAUGUUGGAACUCCAAAUGGAUAGAAAGAGUCCAGAAGUGGCUAUGGCUUCCCUACCAUGCUAUCUUGUAAUUGUUCUGAAAGCCUGUUGCAUUUUGAACCCCUUCAUCACUGCCAGCAAGAAGCCUGAUUGUCUGUCCCAUUUUAACAAUUUCAGACCCCUGCUUGAACACAUAGCUGGUGUAGGGCUGUGCUGGAAGGCUAGCUGAUUUGAGGAUGACCAGUAAUUUGGUGAGGCUUUCUGGGUGCUUGCAGCAUCUACGCUGUGGAUGGAAUAUAACCACCUGCUUGGAAAAUUAGAUAUCAAAGGGGGAAACCCAACUUAAAAUGGACUAGAUUGGAGUCAUUGCUUUUGAGGAAGAAGAAUAGUUAAACAAGAUUGGAAAAGUGGUUACUGGUUACAGAAGAUUUAAAAAGUAAGCUAAAUUUUUGAGGUUUUCAGUGCCUCUGAAGCAGAUUCAAGUGAUGCUCAAUGUUGAUCUACCUCAUAUCUAAUAGAUUGUCAACAUCAGCUCCCGGAGACUGAUGAGGAAGUCAAGGUUCUGGUGCUAAUUGCCUUACAGCAGUGAAUCUCCUCUUCAGGGUUGAAGAGCAGUGAUUGGUUUUUAGAGAUAUUUGUCUUCUUUAUUAUGGCAAAAGUUUCUUCUUCUUGUGGCAAAUGCUUAUAACUGUACUAAUCUGUUUGCUUGGACUGUUCUUGUUUAUAUUUAUUGUGGAGAAACUUGUUUCCAACAAUUUAAGAAUGAGUAGAAGACUUAUGCCAUUAAAAUAAUAGGAUUCAACGAUUUUGCUUCUUAGUCCCAAUAACCAGUAGAAAUCCUUAUGCCAUUCUAGCUUCAAUGAAUUUUAUUAUUAAAAGGUAAAGUCGUAGACUAUUACUUGAGAAGAAAAGAAAAGAAAAGGAAAUGCAGGCAACGAGUUUGCACUUUAUUCUAUCUUUUUGAUAUUAAAUACUUGAUCUAUUCAUAGACACCAUGACAAUGAAUUUGUCCAUGCUGUUUACCAUCUGAAAUAGUGCUAUUUCUUUUUUUCUUUUAUUUAAAGAGUAUAAACAUACAUCUCCUGUCUUCAUUUUAAAAGGGUUCUAUUUAUUCCUGACGGUAUAAGAGUAGCAUUGUUACUAUCCCAAUAAGAAAAGCUUGGCUUCAUACAACUGCUUACUAGUGUUACUCUUCAAACAAAAACUUCCCAAAUUUCCUUCUUCAUCCUGUGUAGUUACCAGGCCCUGUUCUCCUCCUAACCCACCCUGGAAAACAAGUUAUUUGUCACUUUUAUAUUAAUGGAAAAUGUAAAUUCUCUUCCACAGUUUCUGUUGAUCCUUCUGCGUUAGUGUUUGUUACCAGUUUGAAUCCCUUAAAUGGGCUAUCCUCUGGAGUCUUUCGCUUCUUGAUUGUUUUUUAAGUUCCUUGUGGAUGGUUUAUUAAGGAUUUAGCAUUUUGACAUCUCUUUUAAUUUAUCAUUUUCAUUUUUACCAGGGAUUUGAUAAAUCAGUGUCGAGAAGAAUAUUUUGGCUCACACUGUGGGGCCGUCAUAGUACAGUUUUUAAUAAAAAAUAUUUGUUCUCGACUUGUGGAAUCAAUAGUCCUAAAAUCAUAAUUUAUAUUUUGUUGUGUAGAUUUUUUAGCACUUCUACUGCUGCUAGAAGACCUUGAUGUUCCCAGAAAGUUGCAGAAGUGCUUGGGUCACUUGUCAUGGAUAGGAGAAAGGUGAAGCAUGAAUUGAUUUCCAAUGGAUCCGCUGCGAAAGUGACCUUGAAAACAAGGAGGGCCAGUCUGCUAAAGAAGCUUAAGGAACUGACUACUCUUUGUGGAGUUACUGCAUGUGCAAUCAUUUUCAGUGAUUAUAAUUCCUCUCCGGAUGUUUGGCCUUCUCAUUCAGAAGCUGUUUGUGAGCUUGAAAAAUUCAAGAAUUUGCCUCCAAAGAACAAGGUAAGUACAUGUUGGACCACGAAUCUUUUCUUACCAGAAACAUAUCCAGGUUGAGUGAGAAAUUGGGGAAACAAAAGAAGAAAAAUGAAAGAAUUGAAUUGGAACUUGUUUUUGCUGAGUGCAUCACAGGUAAGAAUUUGCACCCUUUGAAUAUUUUGAAGAAUAUGAAUGACAUGGAUCAUUUGUUGAAGGAAAAUCUUGGGUUGAUCACCAACAGGAUCGAGCGCGCAAUGGAUGAGAUUGAAGAGUAGUUCUUCUUGGUUUAGAGAAAGUGGGAUGUUUAAAGAAUAAUAUUCAGGCGACACCUCUUUUAGGAACCUUUUUUUGUUCCUGAGAACAUAAAAGUUCAUGGGAGAAAGAUUCAAAUA